AUGGCCUCGGAAGAAGAUUUAAUUCUUUCAGUCGAUUUUGGAAGUACGCAUGCCUGCGCGCGUCUAUACACAAAGGAUUUAGUGAGCGAGGCUGUACAUAAUGAAGAAGCGCCUCUUGAUCCGGAAGAGUACUGGAAAAUUUUGUGUAAACUUAUUGAAGAUGUUCUGCGACCGAACAAAAAACUAGCUUCCGCUGUUCGUUGCUUCGGUCUGUCCGUCCAAAGAAACAGCUUUCUCCUCUGGGACAGGGCUACUUCAGAACCUGUCACCGAAAUGUCUUGCUGGCAUGACACAAGCGCCUCAGCCUUUGCUGCGCAUCUCAAUCAGUCUCGAUCCGUUGAAGCCAUGAACAAGAGUGGACGUAUCCUCUACAAAAUCCUGCCGUCUUCAAAGUUCAAGAUGAUUUCCAAUUACAAACUCACAGGUAUCUUUGCCUGCACACGCCUCGCGCACAAAUUUGCUGAGAAUCCCGAGGUAAGGCAAACACUGCAUGCGUCUCCUUUCCUUUUCUUAUCGUUUUCUUUCUUUUUAAUUUUCCCGCGUCCGCAUUCCCCCGUUUUUUGCCUUAACCACUGUGCUGCUUAG